UGCGCUUCAGUCCCACUAUGGCGUCUCAUCAAAUCAGGAUGGGCUUUUUCUACCGCCUCCUGUGCCGGAAUGUAUCUGUCGCCAGUUGCUAUCUUACCUCUGGAUUUCUGUGCUGAAAGACGUCAAAUGUAGGCGAAAUGAAGGACGAGGAAAGCACAGCGCGGUCGCUCCAGAGCGCCGACACGGAGCGGAGAAAUGCAGCCGAUGUGGAGGAUGGCCGGGCGGGCAGCGGAGCGCCGCUGAACCCGGUGCUGCAUGAAGCGGGAUCCGACCGAGCCCCCGCACCGACAGCCCGAGCGGCAACGGGAAUACGCGUUUUAAAGCGUAACAUGAAGAGGAACGGCAGUCGAGGCUGCGUGACGCGGAAGACGCGCUUCGGCUCUCGAGAGCGGGACUGGCUGAAGGGCGACGCUCAGCGAGGUUGUGUGUGUCUCUACGGGGCCUCAGAGCCUCAGCCUCCAGCGUCGGGCCCCCAGACCUCCACCAGCACCCAGCCGGACCUGAAGCUGGUGCUCUGCUCCACCAACACCACUGCCGAGGAGCUGUGUGCUCAGAGAGACGUGCAGGGCCUCUACCUGCAGCUGCACGGAGACUUAAUCAGAGAAACCGGUGAACGCAGACCAGCAGGAGCGGACUCUUCUGAAAGGCGUGUUCAGCGUCAGGAAGGGAAAGACGCAGCUCCAUAAAUGGGCCGAGCGGCAGGUCAUCCUGUGCGGGACGAGUCUCAUUGUGGCCUCUGUCAAGGACAGCCUGACCGGCAAGAUGCACAUCUUACCCCUGGUCGGGGGGAAGGUGGAGGAGGUGAAGCGGAGGCAGCACUGUCUGAUGUUCAGCUCCGCCGGACCGCAGGCCCAGACCUACUACGUUAACUUUGACACGCUGGCCGACUACCAGCGCUGGCACCGGCAGGCUUCUAAAGUGGUGUCUCAGACUAUCAGUCUGGUGGAUUUAUCCUGCUACAGUCUGGAAGAAGUGCCUGAGUAUCUCUUCUACUGCCAGGACGUCACACACCUCAACCUACGGCACAACUUCAUGAGUCUGGACGGCCCUGGAGGACUCAUCAACUUCAACCGAUUUGCCCAGCUGAGGAGCUUAAAUCUAUCUCACAAUGGGCUGGGCGUCUUCCCAGAGUCGCUGUGUGAGAUCCAGACACUGACGGAGCUCUAUCUGUCCUGCAACGGCCUCAGUGCUGUCCCGUCCCGCCUCGAAAACCUCCAGAGCUUACAGACGCUGUGUUUGGAUGGGAAUCGCUUGGAUUCUCUUCCGGAGGAGCUGGGCAGCCUCGCGCAGCUCUGCAGCUUGGGACUCUCCUUCAAUGAUUUCCCUCACGUCCCCGGCGUGGUGGAGCACCUCUGUGCCCUGGACAAGCUGGCGAUGGCGGGGAACCGGGUGGACACUCUGGAUCUGUGCAGCCUGCUGCGAAUGACUCACAUUAAGAGUAUUGAUUUACGGUUAAAUGGCCUCCGCAGUGUUAAAAGCGAAAUUCUGGAGCCUGUAAAACAUCUCACCCAGCUGGACCUGCGAGACAACCAGCUGACGUCUCUGGACCUGAGCUCGGCCUGCAGUCUGGAGACCCUGCAGUGUCAGAGGAACCAGCUGGGAGCCCUGACCCUCAGCGGCUUCACCCUGCGCACACUCCACGCCAGUGACAACCGUCUGACCACGGUGAACAUCUACCCUGUUCCCAGCCAGCUCACACAUAUGGACCUAUCAAGGAAUCUCCUGGAAUACCUGCCAGACUGGGUGUGUGACAGCAGGAAGAUUGAGGUGCUGGACAUCUCCCAUAAUCUGCUGUCUGAGCUCCCGGCCAGAUUUCUUAGCAGUCUGAGUCUGCGUAAACUGCUGGCUGGUAACAACAGACUGGAGAGACUGGCUGACCUGCUCGACCACAUCCCACUGGAAACACUCGACCUGCAGCACAACACGUUGCAGGAACUACCAGAGAGCUUCUUCUACAAAGCCUUAAAUUUAAAGUAUUUGAAUGUGUCUGCCAAUGCGCUGGAGACGAUCCCGCCGAGCAGCCAAUCGGAGGAGAGCCUCAGCACCCUGCAGGAGCUCUAUCUCACAGGAAACAACCUGAAUGAGAACUGCGCUGCUCUACUGGUGGGGCAUCAGAACCUGCGGGUCUUGCAUAUGGCUUAUAACCAACUGCAGUCCUUCCCUGCUAGUAAACUCGGUAAACUGGAGGUCCUGGAGGAACUGAAUCUGAGUGGGAACAAGCUGAAAACGAUCCCCUCCACCGUGUCCAGCUGCAAGAGACUGCACACGCUCAUCGCCCACUCCAACCAUAUAAGCGUGUUCCCAGAGGUCCUCAGCCUCCCCGAGAUCAAGCUAGUAGAUGUGAGCUGUAAUGAGCAGACAGAAAUCCUGUUGCCGGACUCUCUGCCUUCAACCCUACAAGAGCUGGAUCUGACCGGCAACAGCAGCCUCAUGUUAGAGCAUAAAACGCUCAACCUCUUCAGUCACAUCAGUACUUUGAAGCUGGACCAGAAGCCAGCCGUGACAGCAGGAGACGCACAGGGCACGUCCACCCUGUGGGAUCAUGGUUACGCUGAGAUGUGUGGGCAAAGGAACAAGUGAGCAAAAUCUGGAGACACGAGAGUCACAGAUUUGGAAACGAUGAGUGUGUUUGUCAGUGUUCUUUGGUUUGGUUAAAGGAAGCCUUAAUCUAAAAAAAAAAAGACCUUUUUCUUGGUCAGAGUGAAUCAGGGCUGGAUUCACGAAAUAUUUGCAAGAAUAAAAUUAUUUUCUUAA